AUGUAUGCAGGACGCAAGAGGAGAAAACCAGUCCAGAGAGCGGUGAAGCAGGCACCGACUGAAGGGGCCAAGUCCAACCCGUCCAAACGGCAUCGAGACCGGUUGAACGGGGAGCUGGAGCGUUUGGCCAGCCUGCUGCCGUUCCCCGAGGAGGUCACCGCCAGUCUGGACAAACUCUCCAUCCUCCGCCUGAGUGUCAGCUACCUGCGGGCCAAGAACUUCUUCUCUGUCGCCCUGAAUGGAUCGACUCCAGCUGUUGUGAAAGAUGGCGACAGUAAAACAUCAUCAGUGGUGGAGACAAAGGUUCCUGAAGGGGAACUGUUGCUGCAGGCUCUCAACGGGUUUGUCAUGGUCCUCACUGCCGGUGGGACCAUCUUCUACUCCUCUCACACCAUCCAGGACUACUUGGGCUUCCACCAGACCGAUGUCAUGCACCAGAGUGUGUACGAGCUGGUCCACACGGAGGACCAGCAGGAGCUCAGGAGGAACCUGCACUGGGCUUUGAACCCUCCUGCUGCCGCCGCGCCUGCCAUCGCCGAGGACUCCCCCCAAGAGAUGGAACCGGACAGCAGCUCCUCUGUGGUCACCUACAACCCCGAGCAGCUUCCCCCGGAGAACUCGUCCUUCCUGGAGAGGAGCUUCAUGUGUCGCUUUCGCUGCCUCCUGGACAACUCCUCCGGCUUCCUGGCGUUGAACAUCCACGGCAGACUGAAGUUCCUGCACGCACAGAACCAGCGGCAGGAAAACGGAGGGAAGGCCCCGCCUCAGCUCGCCCUCUUCGCCAUCGCCACGCCUCUGCAGCCGCCGUCCAUCCUGGAGAUCAGGACCAAGAACAUGAUCUUCAGAACCAAACACAAGCUGGACUUCACGCCUCUGGCCUGUGAUGCAAAGGGGAAGAUAGUUCUCGGGUACACGGAGGCUGAACUGCGGGUACGAGGAUCUGGCUAUCAGUUCAUCCAUGCAGCGGAUAUGUUGUACUGCGCCGAGAACCAUGUCAGAAUGAUGAAGACUGGAGAGAGCGGCCUGACGGUGUUCAGGCUCCUCACCAAGGAGAACCGCUGGAAAUGGGUCCAGGCCAACGCCAGGCUGGUUUACAAGAACGGCAAACCGGACUACAUCAUCGCCACCCAGAGGCCUCUGCUGGAUGAAGAGGGAGGAGAACAUUUGCGUAAGCGCUCCAUGCAUCUACCCUUCACCCAUGCUACAGGUGAGGCCCUGCUCUACCAGUCCGCCCAUCCCAUAGCUGCCUUUAGAGACGGAAGCCUCGAGAAAAAUGGCACUAAGUCAAAGAAGAGCCGGACUGAGAGGCUGCUGCGGGAUGGCCUGGACCCUGGUUCUCUCCUCGGGGCCCUCAUGAGUCAGGACGAGUCGGUGUACGUUUGCCAACCGGCCCCGGAGCCCAAAAUGUCCUUCCAUAGCUUCUUUGGAGAACAAAUGGGCUUCUCCGACUUGGAACCCUCCAGCUUGCACAGGAGCUGGGACGAGCCGAGCAACGGAGUGCUGGGUCCAGGUCUCACAGAGUCGGGCAGCAGCUUCGACCCGCUGCUGGCCACACUGGACUCCCUAUCCCUGGAGGGCCAAGGGGUGGUGGAUUCGGAAGAGGCGGGUUGUUCGAACGGCGAUCUGUUCGGAGCUCUGGAAGGUCUGGGUCUGAGCGCCGAGGACCUGGAGCUGCUGCUGCUGGACGAGCGGAUGAUCCGGGUGGAGAUGGACCCGGAGCGCGUGCCCACCUUGGACGACCUGCUGACAAACGACGAGAUCCUCUCCUACAUCUACGACUCCAUAGAGGGGAAGACGGAGCCCAUGGAGCAACGAGGGCCGGCGCCUCUUGUCUCCGCCUCGGCGACGGCCACCGCCACCGCCACCGCCGUGUCACUACCUGAAAGCAACGCCUCUUCUGAUGCUAACGUGCACAUGCAGUUUCCUCACCAUAAGCCUCCCAUGGUGGGGCACGCUCCCAUCCUCCAGCUGUCCCAGCAGAUGCAGCAACACCUCAACAUGCGGCCGGAUAAAGUGGUGCACAGCUGGAACCAGCAGAGCACCGUAGUCAACGGAGAGCUGCUGGUGCAAAGUCAAUCAAUCACCAAUGGACAAUGGACGGCUCAGGACAUUCUAGUCGGUGCAGGGAUACAGAUGGAACACUAUAAAACCCAACAGACUGUCUUCAAUGGAAAGGCCUCGGAGCUGGAGCAGACGCACCAACGCUACCUUCAGCAGCAACCCAGGGUGCAGAACCACAUCUCACAGCGUUGCCAUGCCGACCAGAAGGCAUCCAACCUCAACGGACUGUGUGUGGCUGGAAAAUCCCAGUGGCAGGACUUUGGUUUCAGUCCGGGUUCGAGCGGAAACUCCUGCCUCGAGAACGGCCAAAAACCGGCGACAAACACCUCUCUAGAUUCCUGCAUGGAUUACAGCAUGCCGGGUAUGGACGAUGCGGAUUACACCAUCAGCGGAGGAGGUUUGUUUGGGAGGAACGGAACGCAACGAGGGGCCGAGUCCGCGGUCUCGUCCUUCCACGGGAUGAACCAUAAACUGCAGCAGGAUCAGAUCCCGGUUCCUUUAGCGCAGGUCAUCUCCAGCCUGUCGCAGUGCCCGCCUCCCAACGCCUCCCUGGAGCAGAUCCUAGGAGUGGGAAAGCCCUGCCGGCAGUUGGACCACUAUGGCAUGGUGGCCUCUGAGAUCCCCCAUGACCCCAGUCCCAAUAAGAUGGAGAACGGCCUCCUCCUGAACAGUUCUUACCCAGGAGGCUGUGCUCUGCCCAAUAGGAACGGAGCAGUGCCCCCUACUGUCCAGAUGCCCGUCGCAGAGACUCUGUCCAGCCUCCCCGACCCGCCGGCCACCGGCUUCUACCUCUGA